GAGGUCCAUCGAAGAAUCACGCUCUGAAGCAUUGGAGAUGCGAGCACGAGAGACAGCAUCUCCGUAUUGAGAUUUCGUUCGGCUAUACCAUGCCCAUUUGAGGAUGGUCUGAGCCAUGACAGACUGAGCUCGACAUCAUAUGCCGUAGCUAUGCCCCCAUGACACUCCGAUUGGCAUUACAUUACAUCGACCCAGAGGGAAGUCUUCUAUAGCCACUUAUAGGCUAUUUUUGAUAUUGUUGAUUUUGAGCACGACUACGUGCGAUGAACUGUGAAUGAUCACCUAUGCUCGAUCUUAUGGAUUAUCAACAUCGCAUUCACCACCACUGGUAUGAUGCUGUGCGGGAUCAGGGGGUGAGGCAAUAUGGCAGUGGCCAUAUGACAGCAUCAGUAUCGAGGAUUGGUCUGUCAUACGGGUAUAAGGACCCGACAUAUCAGGAUCGAUGUGUCCAAAAUAUCGCCAAUCGAACGAGACCGACCGUCGCGCACUGUGAGAGUUCGAGGCCGUUCGCUCGUCAUAUAAAGCAAAUGAGAGAUGAAGAGAGUGACGAGCUUCCUGAUAGGAUCGAGAUCUACCAGUGGACCUACUAGUGACAGUCAGGGGAGUGGACGACGGAGAGUCAGGAGCUUUACAUAAGUUUUUCUAACUAUAUUUUUAUUGAUAUUUUGAUUUUUAGUACAAACUUAGAAUAUUUAUAACUUUAAUUUUCAAGAUCGUAUGAUAGAGAUUAGAUUCCAGCCUACUCUUGAGGGCUCGAUCGUACCUACAGAUGAUCAGAUCUGUAAUCAAGUGCUUGGUACAAGAUCCUAUUAUGUUAAGGAGCUAGGGUAUGGGAUCAGAGCUCCCCCAUCCUCACGUUCAUCUCGAGUUGAUGUCCAUGCUGCCUGCGAUGCCCGACUAAUGGAGAUAUAAAGACAGACUGUUGAGGAUUGACAGUGGAUUGAUGAGGAUCGACAGCACACUGAUGAGGAUCGAUAGCUGAUGAGGUAGAUGAUGGAGCAGAUGGCACAGA